GGAGGCGAAUGUGGUCAUGUACGCCGAGAGACGAUCAAGGAUGGGCGCAGGGCUGAGCCCACGAACUGCAGGGUAGUUACAUGGCCGGAGCACGUGAAUGACAGUCACGUGACAGCGCGUGCACGUCGUGUCGAUGACCCAGCGAGAAGAAUGCGGCGGUGGUACGGGAGCCCGUCGAGGACGCAGGCAAGGCCAAGCUAAUGAGUGCUGCGCAGGAAUGAGGCCCUGGGGUGGAUGGUCUCGAGGCGCGAAGGAGAAAUGGUCGCCAAGUGGCCGCGGCAAGAGGCAUGACGCGAACCCAUCUUCGGCUCCUACCACGCGCACCUUUCCACGACACGCGCCCAGGGUACGGGCUCGCAUCCUCAAUCCUCGACUUAUUUCCAUCCCCCCGUCUGGUCCAUAGUCUAUAUCCCUAGCCCCCUCUCGGUCCUCUGUCUCGCCUGCGAUGAGCGAUUCCGGUUCGACCCCCUCCGCGGAUUCUGCGAAGCCCUUGAGUCCUUCAUCGGGCAGCCUAGCAUUUCUCGUCCACUCGCCCGACACGGUGCAGCGCAAUCUUCCUCCGGAUGUCGACAACAAGCCGCUUGCGCGCCAAAAGCGCAGGCGCACAAGCCCCGAAGACCAAAAAAUAUUAGAAGCCGAAUACUCGCUCAACUCCAAGCCAGACAAAAUGCAACGCCAGAAAAUAGUCGAACGCGUCGCCCUAGGCGAAAAAGAGGUGCAGAUAUGGUUCCAAAACCGUCGCCAGAACACACGACGCAAAUCUCGGCCACUCGAACCUCACGAAGUUCGCUCCCAUUUAGAAGCGAGCUCGCAAGGUCUCAACUCCGACACGCUGUUUUCCUCGUCGUCCAUACCACAUUCCGACGAUAGCGAGGAGGGCGAAGAUGGCACGGCGGUGCACGACGACGAACCUAAGACCGAGGCAGAAUCUGCUCACGAUGCCGAACCUCUAUUGCUCGCCGGAAUAGAGACUGCAGCCAAUGACGACGGUCUCCCGUCAUCUACCCAAGAAUCGACCUUCAUCGAGCCUCAACAGACGCAUGCCACGAUAGAAACUCGUCCGACAGAGACGCCACCCAUUGCCGCAGCGGUUACCGAAUUCAGUAACUCUCAACCCCUGCCAUCUUCGCAACCAUGGCCCUCGUCGCAGGAGAGCCAAAAGCAAGGUAUCGGUUAUCUUGCGAAUCGGCGCAGCGCUUCCUUUGUUCGCAACUAUGAGGAGCCUGCUCUGGAGAAGCCUGUUGCAACACCGGCUUCGCCACAAGAGCAGGCUCAACCAAGAACGUUAAGGAAGACUCAGUCUUUCGUGCGACUGUCCAUGACCGAAGACGGAAAGGCUAGGGUGAUCAACGCCGACGAUUCUUCGCCGUCGCCGCCUAGGUCUCAGCCGACUCCCAGUACAGUUGGCGAAAAAUCAAGUGGCUUCCGCCGCAGCUACAGUGGCACUGCUUUGAACGACAGAUUGAAGCAAGCCCAGACGCCUCGUACGCCAUUGGGCCUCUCUAGGACCUCCAGCGGGCGCUCUCGUGACUCAAGGGCAUGGGAAUUUUGGUGUGACAGCGACGCCCGCAAUUCGUUAACACAAAAAGCCAACCAAGAAGGAAGUGGCUCCGCAGCAGACGCCAUUGGUCUGAUACGUGCCACCAGCAAAAGCGCUCUAACACCGAGUUCGAACAAGCGGACUGCGCCGCUACUACCUCAAAGUUCGGCAAAGCGCCAAAGAACGGAUGGCAAGACACCCAGCCGUCCACCUCUUUCUCGCUCAUCAUCAUCCCUGGGCCGACUUCAAGGUGGAAGGGCUGCUGGGACAUCGAGGACGCCACUCAAGAAGACGCAAUCGGUUAAGGUUCCCAGGACCAAAGACGGCGAUGGCUUCGAGGUUCCGCAGACCGAGUCGGACAAGGAAAACUGGGAGCCCAGUCUUCAGAGCACAAGUACCCGCCGCCGCCAGCCUGCACAUAGCCAGCAGCGGCGCCGCGUGUUGGGCGAAAACACGAACAUCAUGAGCACCAACAGCAGCCUGGGGGCUAUGAUGGAGCGAGAAAAGGGCGUGAAGGCUGCCGGCAAGCGAGCGCCCAACCCGGAAGAGGACGGCGAGAUUGCGGCUUUCAUGGGAAGCGCGCGCGGUUCGAAUCAACGGCCGAGUGUCUCAAGCGGCGAGGAGCUUGGUUGCGUACAGGGCUUGCUCAAGCUCAGCCAGGGCAACUGGAGGUGAGAGAAGAGAGAAAGAGAGAGAUUGAUGAGAAAUGACGAAAUCCGUGGUGUCUUGGAGUUGAUUAUUGGAUAAACAGCAGGCCGGGUGUCGCAAAAGUUGGGACACAACUACCUGAUCAACCAACUGCACUGCAAAGAUAGAGGC